GCACCGAGAGACCCGCCUGCCAGCCAGAGGCCGAUGGGCAAGCCAUCCGGUUGUUUUUAACUGCUCUCCGGUUGUCAGGCCUCUCUGCCUGGCCUCUCCAAGCAUACUGCUUGCUUUCUUUUUUUCUUUUUUUUUGCUCGUCCCUUUCCUGGGAGAAGGGUGCAGAGAAUGCUGCACUCGGCCAUGAAAAAGGGGUGGGGGAGCCACGGAAAGAAAUACUCGCUCGAUAAAGGCUUGGCCAAGGCCGAAUACACCAAGCAAUGGUAACAUCUCUAAAUGAAGAUAAUGAAAGUGUAACUGUUGAGUGGAUAGAAAAUGGAGAUACAAAAGGCAAAGAGAUUGACUUGGAAAGCAUCUUUUCACUUAACCCUGACCUUGUACCUGAUGAAGAGAUUGAACCCAGUCCAGAAAUACCUCCACCUUCAUCAUCCUCAAAAGUGAACAAAAUUGUAAAGAACCGACGGACUGUGGCAUCUAUUAAGAAUGACCCUCCCCCAAGAGAUAAUAGAGUGGUUGGUUCAGCACGCGCACGGCCUAGUCAGCUUCCGGAACAGUCGUCUUCUGCACAACAGAAUGGUAGUGUUUCAGAUAUAUCUCCAGUUCAAGCUGCAAAAAAGGAAUUUGGACCUCCUUCACGUAGGAAAUCGAAUUGUGUUAAAGAAGUAGAAAAAUUGCAAGAAAAACGAGAAAAAAGGAGAUUGCAACAGCAAGAACUUAGAGAAAAGAGAGCCCAGGAUGUUGAUGCUACAAAUCCAAAUUAUGAAAUUAUGUGUAUGAUCAGAGACUUCAGAGGAAGCUUGGAUUAUAGACCCCUAACAACAGCUGAUCCUAUUGAUGAACAUAGGAUAUGUGUUUGUGUAAGGAAACGACCACUCAAUAAAAAAGAAACUCAAAUGAAAGAUCUCGAUGUAAUCACAAUCCCUAGUAAAGAUGUUGUGAUGGUACAUGAACCCAAACAAAAAGUAGACUUAACAAGGUACUUAGAAAAUCAAACAUUUCGUUUUGAUUAUGCCUUUGAUGACUCAGCUCCUAAUGAAAUGGUUUACAGAUUUACUGCUAGACCACUAGUGGAAACAAUAUUUGAAAGGGGAAUGGCUACGUGCUUUGCUUAUGGGCAGACUGGAAGUGGAAAAACUCACACUAUGGGUGGUGACUUUUCAGGAAAGAACCAGGAUUGUUCUAAGGGAAUUUAUGCAUUAGCAGCUCGAGAUGUCUUUUUAAUGCUGAAGAAGCCAAACUAUAAGAAACUAGAACUUCAAGUAUAUGCAACAUUUUUUGAAAUUUAUAGUGGAAAGGUGUUUGACUUAUUAAAUAGGAAAACAAAAUUGAGAGUAUUAGAAGAUGGCAAACAGCAGGUGCAAGUGGUAGGAUUACAGGAACGGGAGGUCAAAUGUGUGGAAGAUGUACUGAAACUCAUUGACAUUGGUAACAGCUGCAGAACAUCCGGUCAAACAUCUGCAAAUGCACAUUCAUCUCGGAGUCAUGCAGUGUUUCAGAUCAUUCUUAGAAGGAAGGGAAAACUCCAUGGCAAAUUCUCUCUCAUUGAUUUGGCUGGGAAUGAAAGAGGAGCUGAUACAUCAAGUGCUGACAGGCAAACCAGGCUUGAAGGUGCUGAAAUUAAUAAAAGCCUUUUAGCACUCAAGGAGUGCAUCAGAGCCUUAGGUAGAAAUAAACCCCAUACUCCUUUCCGAGCAAGUAAACUCACUCAGGUGUUGAGAGAUUCAUUCAUAGGUGAAAAUUCUCGUACUUGCAUGAUUGCCACAAUCUCUCCAGGAAUGGCAUCCUGUGAAAAUACUCUUAAUACGUUAAGAUAUGCAAAUAGGGUAAAAGAAUUGACUGUAGAUCCAACUGCUGCUGGUGAUGUCCGUCCAAUAAUGCACCAUCCACCAAGCCAGAUUGAUGAUUUAGAGACACAGUGGGGUGUGGGAAGUUCCCCCCAGAGAGAUGAUUUAAAACUUCUUUGUGAACAAAAUGAAGAAGAAGUUUCUCCACAACUGUUUACUUUCCACGAAGCUGUCUCCCAGAUGGUAGAAAUGGAAGAACAGGUUGUAGAAGAUCACAGAGCAGUGUUCCAGGAAUCCAUUCGCUGGAUAGAAGAUGAAAAGGCUCUCCUAGAGAUGACUGAAGAAGUAGACUAUGAUGUGGACUCAUAUGCUACACAACUUGAAGCUAUUCUUGAGCAAAAAAUAGACAUUUUAACUGAGCUACGAGAUAAAGUGAAAUCUUUUCGUGCGGCAUUACAAGAAGAAGAACAAGCCAGCAAGCAAAUUAACCCCAAGAGACCUCGAGCCCUCUAAAGUUGGUUAUUUGCUACUAAAGGAUCCCCAGAAUCCCCAAUACUGUAACAGAUGGUGGUCCAACUGUAAAGGCCACUUGAACGUUUUUGAAAUCUUAAGUGUGUGGAAAAUAUCUUGUCCUUCACCUGAAUGACAUUUCAAUUUUGUGAAACACUCCUUUGUCUACAAAAUGCUUCUAGUCCAAGAGGCACAACUAACAAUUGGGAUUAGUGAAGUAUUUUGUUUCAUCUACCCAAAUAGUGAUUGCUUUUGGAUAUCCUUGUCAAUUUCAUUUAAAGAUUGUGGAAAUAAUCCAGAAGUGGAAAGUAGGGGAAGCCACAAAAUGUCCUUUAACUCAGAUCCAUUUCGUAGCAAGACUGAGCAAUUUUGAAUACUUUGCGUGCAUGCAUACCUCAUCAGUGGUUGUACAUACCUUGUCUACUCCUAGAGACAGCAGCUGUGCUCGCUCCUCCUGUGCCUUGACUAAGGCUAUUGACCCUAGAUUUCUGAAGCACAGCCAAGAUAAAGUACAUUCCUUAUUUGUAACUGUAAAUUACCUUUAUUGUGUGUACAUUUUUACUGUAUUUGAGACAUUUUUUUUGUGUGUGUGACUAGUUAAUUUUGCAGGAUGUGCCAUAUCAAUUGAACGGAACUAAAGUCUGUGACAGUGGACAUAGCUGCUGGACCAUUCCAUCUUAUAUGUAAAGAAAUCUGGAAUUAUGAUUUUAAUACCAUGACAUGUGAUUAUAAUUUUCUUAGCAUUUUCUUUGUAAAAAACUAAAAUAUAAACUAGUUGGUGUAUAAUAAAAAGUAAAGAAAUUCUGAGAAGAGUUUUAUCUUAGGAUAAACAUUAUAUAUGCAGUGUGUGCCAGUGGUGUUAACAAGACUAAUAGUGUAAUUUGAACCUUAACAAUGCCAUUAUUUAAGUUGAAGUGUUUAUUAGCGCCCCAAAUUUUACGUACUGUUAAAGGAAAUUGGCUUCUGAUGCAUGAACAUUUGUAUGUACAUUGAAAGUAGUCCAUAAUACAAGUUAGAUAACCAAGUGUAAACAGUAUGUAACCCCAAGAAGUGUCGAUGCCUUACGAGGCAGGUCAUAGCAAGCUCCAUCAAUAUCUAGUAUGUGAUGGUUUGCCAUUUGAUGAGAAUAACAUCUCCUGGAUAGAUUGGUAGUAAGGAAGGCUACUCUUUAAAUGGCAGCACUCACUUUUACAGCUGCUACUCUAAAAAAGAAAACUGGCCAAUUUUCAUGUAAAUAUUGUUUAAAGAUUUAUAUAUAUAUAUCUAUAUAUCUCUAGGAGUUUUCCCUUGGUUCCCAGUAUAUAGUCCAGUAGGUUAACCAAAGAACCUCCCAUGUUUCUCUUGAUUAACUCUAGGGAGCCUACUGAUUCACUCAGUGAGCCAAGGGAAAAUCUAUGAAUAGAGUCAAUGAGCCAGAUUCUUUACUUCACUGAUCAUAAAUAAGAGGGUAGCUGUGAGGAAUCCUAACACCGUGGUGAAAAGCUCUGUAAACAAAGUCUAAAUCAAAUGUAGAUUUUUCACAAUAUGCUUAUUAAUAAAUGAAAUCUAUGAAACGAA